UUUUUUUUUUUUUUUGCCCUCGCGCUCUCGCUGCUUGCGCACCCAAGCUCCCUCCCUCCUGUCAACCCGUCGAGCCUCAACACCACACUUCAGCCACAGUCAACUGCCACAGUGCUUGAAGUCGAGCUCAGCGCGCAUCAACGCCUGUCCAUUGUCGCGCUGACGCUGGCCAUGCUGGCCUAACACUCGGUCUCUGCGCUUACCAACCGUCGCCACCCCCCGGCUGUGCCGCGCAUUUCAUCCCCCGACCUUCCCCUCGGCCUCUGCGCCGCGCCCUCACCGGUUAGGCUGGAUCACGAUCGUUCGCUCCCGCGCUCCCCCAGCUCGUCGUCGUCGACGUCGUCGUUGCCGUCCGAAGCGCCGCGACAUCGGCCACACAUCCUCCCGCGUCCGCAGCCCUUGGCUUGGUCACAUAUCACCGCCGCACGGUGACUCUCAGCAUAUGCGCCCCACCCAACCGCGAAACCAGGUACCUCAUCACAUGGCUGGCACAACGCGUGCCUCGACACCCUCAGGUACCAGCCCACUCACCACCGCCACGACCGCUCCAGAUACACCCACGUCGCUCACCUCUCAGCCAACCUCUGCAAACACCUUGGCCCCCAUCGCCGCCGUCGCUUCCGCACUUGGCACCUCGACCUCGCCCAAGUCGCAAAAGGCGCUCUCGCCUCGCUUCUCCCCGCGGCCGUUGACGGGCGCCGCUGCCCUGGAGGACCAGAGGAGGCUGCGCGAGCAGCAGGAACGCGCUGCGGCAAGCACGCGCACCAGUCCCAACCCCAGCGUCGCCGCCAUCAACAGCCUGCUGGGCCAGUCGAGCGCUCGCAUGGCGCCCCUCAACCCCAAUCCGCCCGAGCAGAUUGCUCAGAUGGCGCAGAAGAUUCACAUCCCGGAGAACAACGGCCACCAUACCAGCAACAACGACUCCACCAUGCAGACAAGCCCUGUGUCCAUGUCGAGCGUAGGCUCGCUGGACACCACCACGGCUGCCAACGCCACCACCACGGCGCCAAUUCUGGCUCCGUCCAUGCCUGCCUCGGCCGAGAACCCCUUCCCAGACGGCGACCCCCACGCCCCGCGUCCAGCUGUCGACGCUGGCGUGUCCGGCGACCAUCGAGCGCUGACGUUUCCGCCACCGCCGGGCGAGGACCCGCGCAACCCGCACCGGAACAACAGCAUGCCCAACACCGGCAUGAGCUCCCCUCGGUCGACGUCGGCCAAGCGCCACAAGUGCCCCUACUGCUCCACCGUCUUCACCCGCCAUCACAAUCUUAAGAGUCACCUGUUGACACACUCGCAUGAGAAGCCUUUUGAGUGCCAGCAGUGUCAGUCGCGCUUCAGGCGGCUGCACGACCUGAAGCGGCAUAUGAAGUUACAUACUGGGGAGCGUCCGCACGAGUGUCUGAAGUGCGGGCGUAAGUUUGCUCGUGGGGAUGCACUUGCCAGACACAACAAGGGCCAAGGCGGAUGUGCCGGCCGACGAUCGAGUUUCGGCAUCGACCCAGACGACGCAGAAGGUAGAGAUCACAUGUCGGGUAUCGAAUACACCGCAGAGCCGGAUCAGAUGGACGAAGACAACGACUUGCGGCGAGGCAGCGAGCCCUCUCGCGAUCGGCAGAAUUCAGGCGCAUACCGUGCAGGACCGAGCACCUAUCCUCCGCCAGCGAUCGCGUCCAGCGUGCGAGGUCCUGGAGCUAUUGCGCCUAUGUACCCACCAAAUCCACCGUCGUCGCAACGAGAGGCCUCGAGUCCUCAUCAGGCGAGCCUGUCGUCCAUCAGUCACUUCACUUCCGCAGGGCCUGGAGUUUUCCAGUCAGGCGUCACCGAGAGCCCGAAACCACUAUCGCCCAGCCAAACAAACUCGCACCGUGGUAGCGCAUCCGGCCCCCCUAGCCAUGCUUAUUCGUACAGUCGCGGCUCUGGCCCUCAGCUGCCACCGCUGCCUCCGAUGCAGCAUGGGAGCAUGCCGCCGCCGAACUCGCAGCAGGGAAGCGUAUCGAGUGGCGGUAGCGCCGCUUCAGGUCGCGAGAUUCUAGGCCAGCGUGACGGUGACUGGAGGCCCUCAUGGGAGGCCGAUCAACGACUGGCCAAGAUGCAAGAAGACCAUCUGGCCAAUCUUGCACGUAUUCAGAGCGAUCGCAGCCGCUCCGAGGCAUCACUCAACGCAAAGAUUAACGAUCUGGAGAACGAAAAUCGCUCCCUCAAAGACGCCCAGAUGGCCCAGGAGGCGCAGAUUAAGCGGCUGCUGGAAGAGGUUGCGGCAUUGAAGUCCAGGCAGGAAACAGUCACUGCGUAGCUAUCGCACCCGAAGAAGAUCGCCAUACCCACGGCUCAUCGAACCAUAUUGGAAAACCCCGCACACGUUCACACAUAUCCGCAUAAUGCCUUUUACGAAUCCAAUCAUUAAGCCCUUAGCACUGUACAGUAUCCUCCACGCGUACUAAUGACCAACUACGGGAAUGCAAGGGGCACGGCACGGCACGGGCAUGAGGGUCUAAUCGAUCCGCAUCAAACACACUCGGGCAUACUCAGAGGCGUUGAUCUAAUCAGACACCAGUCCAGUACACGGUAGCGACUGCGAGAGGAGAUUUUUCUUUUUCUCCUAUUUUUUCUUCUCUCUUGUUUCCUCUCUUCGGCUCGAGCCUUUCCCCUCCCC